AUGAAAGAAACACAAGAGAAAUUGGAUACGGUUCUUCAGGAAAAUCGGCGCCGUUCUUCCGAUCGUCCUUCAACACUCGAAGCAAAUGGGUUUUUCGUGCAAGAACUAAUCGGACGCGGAACGUUUUCAACCGUUAAAAAAGCGUACUGGCUGAAGAAGAAAAAGAACGUGGCCAUUAAGAUCAUGUCUAAGUCGAACACGUCUGACACCUUUAUGCUGAAGUAUGCACCACGUGAGCUGGACAUAAUACGUACUGUGCAGCAUGACAAUAUAAUCAAAUUCUACGAAGUUAUCGAAACCACCAUGCGAUUUUAUAUUAUCAUGGAUUACGCUGAGAAGGGGUCGCUUCUGAACCUGUUGCGUGAGAAGAAAACGUUAGCUGAGUCAAGGGUGCGCACCUACUAUAGUCAGUUGAUUGAUGCCAUCGAAUACAUCCACAAAGCGGGUAUCGUCCAUCGGGACAUAAAAUGCGAGAACGUGGUGCUGGACUCACAAGAUCACGUGAAAUUGAUCGAUUUUGGAUUUGCAUGCCGGUUGUGGGAUCAAAAGACCGGUCAGUUAAACGAGAUGAAACCCUAUCUAUCGCAAACGUUUUGCGGAAGCCACGCAUACGCCAGCCCCGAAAUACUGGUUUUCAAACCGUACAAUCCGAUCCCGGCGGAUGUUUGGUCUUCUGGAGUGGUGUUGUAUGCGCUGUUGUUCGGGCGGCUACCGUUUACGAACGGAAAAGAUCCUAAGGUUCUGCUGAAGCUCAUCGCAAAUGGCGCCAAAUUUCCCUCGGACGUCGUGGUCAGUGACAACGUGCAGUGGCUGCUGAACAAAAUUUUUGUACCGGCCACGGAGCGCAUGACUGUCGCUCAAAUUCGCAGAUUUUUGCGUUUCUGUAACGAAUCAGAUGGCAAGUCGCAAAGGGUGCAUGUAUCCGCGAGCAAGCGCAUCAAACUUAACAAUAAAAAUUAA